UUGAGUGGUGUUGAAACUCCGCUUCUUUUGAUUGCAAUUCCUGAUGGACAUACAACAACUCCAGCUGUUUCCAAAGAAUCUCAAAAGGUUGCAACUGGACCAUCAACAACCGGUUCUUCCAAUGCUGGGCUUGAAAUUUAUAAUGCAAUUGAUGCUCAAGGAUUAAUUGUUCGAGAGCUCAAAGCUAAAGAUGCGAAGUCGCAAGCAACAAAAGAUGCCAUCGCCAAAUUAUUAGAACUCAAAAAACAAUACAAAGAGGUGACUGGAACAGAUCAUAAACCAGGAAAUCCACCAGCAUCUCAAGCACCAGUCGCAGCUUCUUCGACAUCGUCAAAUUCAGCUUUGGAUAUUUACAAUGCAAUUGAUGCACAAGGAUUAUUGGUGAGAGAACUCAAAGGAAAAGAUGCUAAAUCACAAGCCACAAAAGAUGCAAUUGCAAAGUUAUUGGAAUUGAAGAAGCAAUACAAAGAAGUAACCGGAUCAGAUCAUAAACCAGGAAAUCCACCGGCAUCUCCUACACCUGCUGUUGCAGCUUCGCCAAAAUCAUCAAACUCAGCAUUGGACAUCUACAAUGCAAUCGAUGCACAAGGAUUGAUUGUGAGAGAUUUGAAAUCGAAAGAUGCCAAAUCGCAAGAAACAAAAAGAUGCUAUCGCAAAAUUGUUGGAGCUUAAAAAGCAAUACAAAGAAGCUACUGGAACUGACCAUAAACCAGGAAAUCCACCAGCAUCUCAAACACCAGCUCCUGUUUCUUCUUCAUCUUCGAAUACUUCUCCAUUGGAUGUUUAUAAUGAUAUUGAGAAACAAGGAAAUAUUGUUAGAGAUUUGAAAUCAAAAGAUGCCAAAUCACAAGCAACAAAGGAUGCUAUUGCUAAAUUGUUGGAACUCAAGAAACAAUAUAAGGUUAGAACAAUUAUUGAGAUUCCUAAUUUAAAAAAACCAAAUGUUAUUUUUGUAGGAAUUAACUGGAGCUGAUCAUAAACCCGGAAACCCGCCAGUGGCUUCCGCUCCUCCAAUAUCAAAUAAUAAUGAUGAUCUUUCGAAACAAAUUGAUGCUCAAGGAUUGAUUGUUAGAGAUUUGAAAUCAAAAGAUGCAAAAUCACAAGAAACUAAAGAUGCAAUUGCUAAAUUGUUGGCACUCAAGAAACAAUAUAAGGAGUCAACUGGAUCUGAUUAUAAACCUGCCCCAUCUCCAGCUGCCGCAGCCGUUCCUUCAACUCCUGUUUCUGCUCCAACUUCUUCUAUUGAUGAGAAUGCACUUUUGAAAGAAAUCGAAGAUCAAGGUGCAAUUGUUCGUGAAGCAAAAUCAAAAGAUCCUAAAUCGCAAGAAUCAGCUGAUGCAAUCAACAAAUUGCUCGCUUUGAAGGCUAACUUCAAAAAAGUAACUGGAAAAGAUUUUCCAGCUCCUCCACCACAAGGAAAGAAGAACAAGAAUAAGAAGUAAUCCUGUCAUCAGUUUUGUUUUGUUUUUAAUAGAUGCAAUGAAUUUCUAUUUUGUUAUUUUUUUAAAUUUCAAUCGAUUAAUUAGACACGUUUUUAUUCGUUCAAAUAUUUGUAUCAAAAAAGUUUUAUAAACAAAAACUAGAAAACAAUUAAUUUUUGCAGACUUAUGUUGUUAUGACUAGAAUUGCUAUAUUAGUUCAAAUAUUUAUAUUUUUCAACUUCGUUACAACAAUUAAUUGCGAAGGAUUUUUCGAUGAAGUUUUUCAGAGAAUAAAUAUUCAAGAGGGAACUGCUUGUUAUCGAUUAUUAAAUGGAACAGAUCAAUUUGGAUGUCAUGGUAAACAAAUUGACAAUAAUUAUUUGUUGAAUUCUUGCAAUUUUCAGGUACAUCGAAGAAUGAAAAUGGAUUGCUUGUAGAAAUUAAAAAUGAACAAGGUAUCUUUGAAAAUAUUGGAAAAUGUUUCAAAAAUAUUUAUCCUGAUUAUGAUGGAAUGUUUUGGUUAUUAUUACCUGUUGAAAUGAUAAAGAAGUGAGUUAUUUAUAUUUUUAUAGAAAAAAAAAUUAAAUUGAGUUAUUACAGGAAUACUGUUGCAAUAAUCAAAACAUCAAAUUGUAUAGCCGGUUUGGUUCUUUAUAAUGAGAAAGUAUUCAAUAUUGAUGAUUCAAUCGAAGCAUCUCAUGAUUCAGAAUGUCCAAAUCGUCUUUCUGGUAGGAUUUUUUCUAAACUUUGGUAUUUUUUCAACAAAAACUUACAGAUUUUUACAAAGAUCCAGCGAAAAAUAUAAACUCAAAAGGGGCUAUUUUACCAGAAGGAUUACGAGAUAUUCAUUGGGAUUUACAGAUGGUUUUUAUUGAUAAUUCAACCGAGAUUGAAGUUUUGAAAAAGGUAAAUUACUUUGUAGUUAGUUAAAUUCAAUGAAAUAAUAUGUUUUAGUGUUAUUCCCUUUUCAAUCAACCAAUUUCUGGUGGAACAAUAUCUCAUCCAUAUUGUGGAAUGUCUUUCAAAUUAUCGAAUGCAGCCGCAGGAAAUUCAGAUAUUUGUUAUCGAAGAGGAAUUGAUGCAAUGAAUUCAUUACAAAUUUCUUUGGAUACCAAGUAAAUCAAAAACAAAAAAAUGAAGUCUAAUUUCAAUUUUUCAGCGGACAAAAUAAUGCUCCAUGUAUACCUUUGGUGGGUUAUAACAUUUUUGGUCUACCAAUUGGUCUUUCGACUCUUGCAAAUUUCAGUCGCGAACCAACUUAUAUGGUUUUGGCUUCCAGAGUAAGUGAUAUUCAAAAGUUUUUUGAAUUUUGAAAGUAUUGGGAUAUUUUCUCAUUUGUCUUUCAUUUGAAAUUCUGAGUUUUUUUUUGUAAUUUUAGAUGGAUAGUUUCGGAGUUAUUGCUGAUGUCUCACCUGGUGAAAUAUCUGUUAUAACAUCUCUUAUUGCAAUGAUAUCAGCAGCUCGUUCAAUUGGAACAAAUUUCGAAAAUUGGUCAAAAGCUUCGAAAAAAUCAAAUAAAUAUCUAAUGUUUUCCACAUUUAAUGGAGAAAGUUUUGAUUAUAUUGGAAGCAGUGCAACUGUUCAUCUAAUGAGAAAUUCCGAAUUUCCAUUGCCAAUUUUGAAUAUAACACAAUUGAGAAAUAUCAAUUUGCAACAAAUUGAAUAUGUUGUUGAAGUUCAACAACUUGGAAGUAGUAAAAAUAAGAAAUUGUAUGCACAUGUGGAUAAAAAACGAUAUUCGAAUAAAAAAGAAGAAAUUGACGGAAUUUUGAAGAGAAUUCGAGAAAGUUUAGUGCAAGAUGGUUAUACAAUUAAUAUGUCAAUUGAAAAUGUCACACCACCUUCAAGUUGGCAUUCAUUUGCAAAGUUUGAUGAAAAUGUUCAGAAUUUGGUGAUUGCUCCAUUCGAUGAAACAUAUGAAUAUGGGUAAGAAAAGUUAUGAAAUCUAGUUUUUUAGACGAACAGAAAAUUUCCGUGCAGUUUUAGAACUGAAAAAUGACAACCCCUCACGUUUGAAAAAUUAGUGCUCGAGUGAAAUCUUCGAAAUAAUUAAUUAGAAAUGCCCGAAAUACUCUUAGGUUUUCCCACAAAAAACAUUUUCAUAGCGUGAACUAGAUACAUUUUGAAAUGUUAUUGCACCUCGAACAAGAAAACCAAAUUUUUGUCUAAUUACUUUCAUACUAAUUAUUAUUAUUAUUAUUUCCAGUCGAUUCAAUUCAAUGUUGGAUAAAAAUACAUGGAAUGAUGAAAACAAAAAUAAAGUGAAGAAAGAAAUAGAAGCAGUUUCAAAUUCAAUUCUUUCAACAGCUGCACAAUAUGUUGGAUUGGAAAAUGCUACAAAAGUUGAUGAAAAACUAAUAGAUAUACUUUUUGAAUGUAUGAUUGUGUCGAGAAAUUGGUUUGAUUGCGAUUUUUUCAAAAAAUUGAAUGGCGGAAGAUACGAAUUUAUUGGACGUUAGUUUAUUCUCAUAAUUUUACAAUUGAUAUUCUUUUUUUGUAGAAACGUAUUCAAUGCAAUCGAAAUCAACAUAUAUUGGUGUUGGCGGAAAUAAUCCACUUCGAUUCAUUCUUCAUUGGUUGUAUAUAUUUGCAUUAGGAAGUGAUCGUGAAACACUAAAUGUUAAAGAUGGGAAAAGUUGUAUGCAUUUGUCUGAAAAUCAAGCUGUUUAUAGUUAUGAUUGGCAGCCAAAUCCGUACACUGGAAAUUUCAGUUGCUAUCGUUCUUCUGUUCGAUUUAAUCAGUUACAAUCACCAGCUUUCGAUAUUGAAGGUUUGUUUUUUUUGUGUGAAAAUAUUACAAACUUUAUCUCAAUUCUUUUUCCAGGAUAUUCAAUAAAAAAUAAUCGAACAUAUUCAACAUGGACUGAAUCUGUUUAUACAAUUGAUUCUAUCAAAUUAUUUAUAAUGGAAGAUUCAUCUUUCGAUUAUAUUAUGUUAAUUCUUGCCAUUUUCGUUUUCAUUCUUUCAAUAUUUUCAAUAAGUAAGUUAUAGAAUUUUAAAGAAUUCAGUUCAUAAAAAAUAUUUUUAGCUCGAUGUAAAGAAGACACUUUCAUAAUUGAUGAAGGAGAACAACUUGCUGAAUCUGGCGAACCACUGUAA